ACUGCGACUUCAGUUUCCCCAAAAAAUGGCCCUUCUCUACAGUCUCCCUCUUCUUCUCUCUCCCGCCAAAUUAUCAAUCUCCAGCACUCUUAUCCUGCGGGCCCCUUCCCUCUCCUUCUCAAUCCUCCGUGCAAAACCCAUCUCAAGUAACACUGUUGGAGCCACCCCUUCUUUCCAGAAUUAUGUUUAUUCCGACCCAAUUCCAGAAUUCGCGCAAUCAGAGACGGAGAAGUUUAGGGCUGAAAUAUUGAAGAAACUGUCUAAGGACAAGCAAACAUUCGGUGGUGAUCUUGAUAAAGUAGUUGAUGUUUGCUCCGAGAUAUUCAGUGACUUCUUGCACAAGGAGUACGGAGGACCUGGAACAUUAUUGGUGGAGCCAUUCACUGAUAUGUUGAUUGCCCUCAAGGAGAAGAACUUGCCUGGAGCACCUUUGGCAGCCAGAGAAUCCUUAUUGUGGGCUCAAAACUAUGUUGAUCAGGACUGGGAAGCUUGGAACUCUAACCUACCUAAAUGAUUUUCCUUCCUUCGUUUUUUUUUUUUUUUUUGCUUUCUCAAAGAUUUUUCUACAAUCUCUUCAAACUCCUGAUCAUCAAUCACAAACGUGCAAAAUAUGAAGGAAAGAAGAUAUCAGUUGUAAAACAAUGUUAGAUCCAUUGCUGUUUUUGUAGCUUUACAGAUUUCUUAUUACUUGAAAAUGGUUCGAAACUGGUUGCUGUUUCUUGACAAUGAUUUUUGACAUCCGGUAACUCGUUCCUUCGAUGGAGUGGAUUUAUAUUGCUCCUUGUAAGGAAUCCAUGCCUAUGUAAACGGUGGAAGCAAAUCUACUUGUAUAUUUCAUGGGGGGCUGUUCAAGAUAUUGGAAAUUGAAAAUUAACACCAUCAACUUGCAGCCUCCGAGAUGCUCCGUAAUGUGGGGCGCCAUGAUUUUGACCUCAUUGCAGUCGAGUUGAUGGAUGGUGUCCUUGGCCGGUGUCUUUCUUGUUUUGUCGUCUGAAAUUGUUGAACAUUAUGACAAUGGUCAAUCUCUAUAGAGAAAAAUGAAAUACUUCCAAACAUGAAUAUUAAUUAUCUUUGUACGGUUGUUAGUUCUUCAGAACGGGCCAAAUGAAAUGGUAUCCGUUGCUUUUCUUCUUCUGGUUUAAUUUGUUUUGUUUUCUUUACUAUGAAACAAUAAUCUUUCUGUUUUUAA